AUGCCUCCUAUACGUGGGAAGAGAGGCCCAGAGCUUGACUGCCUUACUAGGGCCAAGAUCUGCGAAUUACACGCUACAAAUGGCUGGGGUGCAACAACCAUUAAGAAGAUGCGCUUUCCCGAUAUUCCACGCUCAACAAUUCAAUAUACCCUUACCCAAGAGGCAAAGCGUCAAAAACAAGAAAGCCUUCCACGCUUAGGCGCUCCAAGGAAGCUUACUGAAGAGGAUCAGAGGUCGAUUUUAAGUCAAUUUGGCGUCUAA